AUGGAAAGAAAGAUUGAGAUAGUUUCUAUGGAGCUAAUUAGACCUCUUUCUCCAACUCCAAAUCACCUUAAAUGCUUUGAAUACUCUUAUUUGGAUCAACUUCAUGAUUCAUCUGAACUCGUUGCAGCUGCAAAAUUCUUACCACCAACUAUGCUUCAUGUUUCAAACGGGCCCACGUUGCAGUCUGAAUUUACUAAAUUCUUUGGUAACGAACAAUGCGUCCCUAAAUUAUUAACCUUUGAUGUUUCUACUAUAGCACUGCUCAGGGCUAAGGCCGUGAGCGAUGAUGUACCAAGGCCUACACAUGUUGAAGUUGUAUCAGCUCUAAUAUGGAAAUGUGUCAUGGCUAGUGCUAAUUCAGGGUCAUCAAAAUUGGCUAACCUUGUAAAUAUAAGAAAGCGAUUUGUCCCACCAUUGCCAAAUCAUUGUGUAGGAAAUGCUGUUGCAGUAGCCACAACAUGUAAAGUUAAGAAUAUUGAUGGUGACUACUUGGCCACCUUGGUGACAUGUAUAAGAAAUUCGUUAUUGGAAUUGAGUUCUAAGUAUGUGGAGAAACAAAGUCGAGAUGAGGCGAUUUUGGCUAUUCCUUAUGAAUUCAUAGAGCUAAGUGAAGUGCAAAUCCUAGGGGAGGUAGUGAUGCAAGUUAGUAGCUUAUGUGGAUAUGAAUUAUAUGUUGAUUUUGGUUGGGGAAAACCGUUAUGGGUAAGUCCAAAUCCGAGGAUAGGUGCAAAUAAUGUUCGAUUAAUGGAUUCAAGGGAUUGUGAUGGAAUAGAUGCGUGGAUAUGCUUGAAGGACAAAGACACCAUGUCAGUUUUUCAACAUGAGCUAGAGCUGCAGUUGCUAGCAUUUGGUUCUGUCAAAUGCUUCAAUUCCGUUGUUUCUUUUUAA